AUGAAGAUUCUCAGCUGGAAUUUUCGGGGCCUGAGCAACCCGCGUGCAAUUCUGAAUUUGCGACAGCUAGCUCAAAAACAUCGUCCUGAUGUUUUAUUUCUGUCGGAAACAUUAUCGAAGAAGCAGAAACUUGAAAGUAUCCUUGUUAUGUUGAAAUUUGACUCUUGUUUAUCGGUUGAUGUCGUCGGAAGAAGCGGUGGUUUGGCGGUGUUGUGGAGGGACUCUGCUAAUUGCAGAAUUGUCAAUUUCUCUAGGAAUUAUGUGAAUAUAUUGGUUGAGGAUGAGAUGAAAGGAGUAUGGCGGCUUACUUGUUACUAUGGCUAUCCGGAGAGAAACCAUAGAAGAGAGGCAUGGAAUAUGCUUCGUGAGCUUAGAGAUUUGUCGCAUGAGUCGUGGUGUGUCAUUGGUGAUUUUAAUGACUUGCUUUCACAACAUGAUAAAAUCGGUAUCCACCAACAUUCCAACUGGUUAUGCGCAGGUUUUCGGGAAGCUGUUACAGAUUGUAAUUUGUUAGAUAUGCCGUUGGAAGGUCACCCUUUUACAUGGAUUAAAAGUCGAGGCUCUGAUCAUGUCAUCGAAGAACGAUUAGAUCGAGCUCUCGUGACGCAAGAUUGGUUGGAUAUUUUUCCGGAAGCUAAGCUCCUUAAUCUACUGGCCUCGCAUUCAGACCAUAGUCCCAUUCUUUUGCACUGCGACCCGAUUAAUCGGAAUCAACUGAGGAAGUAUUCUUUCAAAUUCGAGAACGCUUGGCUAAAAAAUGAUGAACUGGAAGAUGUGGUAAAGAGAGGUUGGCAUGCUGCUAAUAACAAUGGGGUGCUGAACCGAAUAAGUAACUGUGCGAAGGAGUUAGCUAGCUAG